GAAGACGAGGCAAACACCGACGAAGAUGGAGAACAAGAUUGUGAAGCUCUGCAUUUUCAGCGACUGAUGUGAUUUAAGACAUUUGCGUCUCGCUUUUUAUAGGACGAUAGGGUCCCCGACUUCCGCGUUCAUUGGCAUUAAAUUGUUUCAAACAAAACCUGACCUUUGAUUGAGGUGCAAAGGUUGGAAGAGGUCAACACCUGAGCGCCAAUAGCAUUCGCUUCCUACACGUAUUAUAAAGGUAUUCCUUUAGAGAAUGAGGUCAAACGAGUUCAAACUCACCAAUUCACUCACAGAUUGUUUCGUCGAGGAAUCACGAGGAUGACCACUCUACUAGCUUUGACCUGUUUCCUUGUGUUAACUGGAGAAAGCCUGGCAGUCCCUGUCGAACAAACUCAGGGUGUGAAUUUAUUCUCAGCUCUAAGAAUGAAUUUCCCGCUGUUUAGUUACACGACACAAACUUCUACGUUGACCGAGACUCAAGUUACAACGCAAUGGCUCCCUUCUGUUGUCUGUGCCAGACUCGUCAACGUCACUGGACCUUGCCGACUUCAACCGAGAGGCCAAGACGAAAACGGGCGUAUCUUCCAAAUGGAACAGCCUGAAGUACUCACAUUUGACGAUGAGAUGGGUGAAGCUGAUGCUCUCGUACAAUUGCAGCCCACAGUCACGUUAAAAGUGGAACCGACAGCCAUGCCGGAUAACCUAGAAGCGAAUUCAAACAUGAGAUUGGAAGCUUCCUGGGCUGAUCCAGCACAUAAGGACGAUGGUGUUAGCGGCCAAAGUAGUACAGGUUUAACUGAUUCCAUCAGAGCAUUCUUCAAUGUGGUACAAAUCGAAAGGACGACAGUGACGGUGCAAACAACUACAUUUCUUCCAGUUACGACUAAAACUAUUUUCAUUAUGAGAUGCACUCCACUGCCUUUUACCGUUGCCAUUUGUUCACGCGGACCAAAAGGUCCGAGACGGGACUAAGCAUAGCCAUGUAAACAAUUGAAAUUAUUUCAUAAAAGAGUGAGCCUCUUUUUUUAGUGAAAGCCCCAAUCAGCACAUC